CCCGCUUCGCGAUUGCAUCUCGAGCUGCGCUCUCGCUCCGCGCCGCUAAGACAUGGGCUCCGUAGGAGCUCGCCCCGCUCUGGCGGCCGCCCUGCUCUGCCUGGCCCGCCUGGCUCUCGGCUCUCUGUGCCCCACCGUCUGCCAGUGCCCGGCCGCCGCGCCGCAGUGCGCCCCGGGCGUGGGUCUGGUGCCGGACGGCUGCGGCUGCUGCAAGGUCUGCGCCAAGCAGCUGAACGAGGACUGUAGCCGGACGCAGCCCUGCGACCACACUAAGGGGCUGGAGUGCAACUUCGGCGCCAGCCCCGCAGCCACCAAGGGCAUCUGCAGAGCACAGUCUGAGGGGAGACCGUGCGAAUACAACUCCAAAAUCUACCAGAACGGCGAAAGCUUCCAGCCCAACUGCAAGCACCAGUGUACGUGCAUAGAUGGAGCUGUGGGCUGCAUCCCGCUCUGCCCGCAGGAGCUCUCCCUCCCCAACCUGGGCUGCCCCAGCCCCAGGCUGGUCAAAGUGCCUGGGCAGUGCUGCGAGGAGUGGGUCUGCGAUGAGAGCAAGGAUGCGCUGGAGGAGCUGGAGGGCUUCUUCAGCAAGGAGUUUGGUCUGGACGCUUCUGAGGGUGAACUGACCAGGAACAACGAGCUGAUUGCCAUUGUGAAGGGAGGCCUGAAGAUGCUACCUGUUUUUGGAUCUGAGCCACAAAGCCGAGCUUUUGAGAACCCCAAAUGCAUUGUGCAAACAACUUCCUGGUCCCAGUGCUCAAAGACGUGUGGGACCGGCAUCUCCACCAGAGUCACCAAUGACAAUCCCGACUGCAAGCUCAUCAAGGAGACCAGGAUAUGUGAAGUGAGGCCAUGUGGCCAGCCCAGCUACGCCUCCCUAAAGAAAGGAAAAAAAUGUACCAAGACUAAGAAGUCCCCAUCCCCCGUAAGGUUUACUUAUGCUGGAUGCUCCAGUGUGAAGAAGUACCGCCCCAAGUACUGUGGGUCUUGUGUGGAUGGCAGGUGCUGUACUCCCCAGCAGACCAGGACUGUCAAGAUCCGGUUCCGCUGCGAUGAUGGAGAAACCUUCACCAAGAGUGUCAUGAUGAUCCAGUCCUGCCGCUGCAACUACAACUGUCCGCAUGCAAACGAAGCUUAUCCCUUCUACAGACUGGUCAAUGACAUCCACAAAUUUAGGGACUAAGUAGUAUUUGGGGUGGGAUGUUAAACAGAAUUCUGAAGUAACCAGCCAUGGAGAAAGGACCUCUGAUGGAAGUGGUGCCUUGCCCAUUCGAGGGCAGUAUGAGAUAUUACAAGAGUGCACUGUGCAAAUGGACACUAAUGCAACAGAGAUUUAAGCAUAGUUAAAGCUUCAUAGUACUGGAGCAACUUUACUGCUUCUUUUUGGAGCACCUUUAUCUUAUACUGUUUUCUGUUUGUAAGUGAUCUGAUGUUUUAUUCCGGUUAUGAAAACUUUUCCUUUCCUGUUCAGUUUAACACUAUGCUUUUCCCCUCCCCUCCAUCUUCUCCCCUACUUUCCCAACCAAGUUGGAAGUUACAUUCCUUCCUGAGGUGGGCACUUGUGGGGUGUUCACAGUGGCAGCUAUUAUGUACCAACUGUAGUUUAAUGGCAAACAGAAAUCAGUUGUUUUAAAGCUGAGUAUUUUAUUUAUCAAACUGUAGCUCUUGUUUUCUUUUUUUUUUUUUUUUUUUUUUUUAACCCCUUCGAACCCCUGUAAUACUGGAAUAAGUUGUAAAUGAUUUUAAUUUUAUAUUCAAUGAAUUAAAAGAAUUUAUUUAUGGAA